AUGUCCAUCAUCAAGUUCCCGUCGUCGGACAACGGCGCGAAUUUGGUGCUCGAGCAGCUCGUCGACAACGAGAUCAUCGAGGCCGCGUACCCGCUCCACGACCCCAACGAGAACGGCCAGCUCCAGGCCAAGUGGCUCGUGUAUUGGGCCUGGCCCUGGGAGCAGCCCUUCGUGCGCAUCAAGGACUACUACGGCGAGAAGGUGGGCCUCUACUUCGUGUUUUUGGGCCACUACACGACGGCGGUGAUCAUCGCGGCGGUCGUCGGCUUCGCGUUCUACAUCGUCACCAUCGUCCAGGACCCGAACUCGCCGGCGAUCCCGGGCUUCUGCGUCUUCAUGAGUUUGUGGGCGACGUUCUUCAUCGAGUUCUGGAAGCGCAAGCAGAGCCGCUACGCGAUGAUGUGGGGCAUGGUCGGCAUCGAGGAGGCCGAGGAGGAGCGGCCCGCGUUCUACGACUCGGACCUCGUCGUGGACAUCAACUCGCCCAUCGACGGCGAGGAGGUCAAGUACUUCCCGCCGGCGAUCUACAACCAGCGCACGCUCACGUCCUGGGCCAUCAUCCUCACGUCGUCGACGUCCGUCAUCUGCGCCGUCGUCGGCAUCUUCUUCCUCAAGUCCAUCCUCGCCAACUGGGGCAUCCCGAAGCUCGCCGUGGACCUGUCCGCGUCCAUGGCCGGCUGGAUCACGUCCGGCGCGAACGCGGUGCAGAUCUUCGCGCUCGAGUCGUUCUUCAACGAGCUCGCGGUCUGGCUCAACGACUACGAGUGCCACCGCACGGACACGACCUACACGGACAAGCUCACGGAGAAGAUCUUCAUCUUCCAGUUCAUCAACUCGUUCACGUCCUACCUCUACAUCGCGUUCUUCAAGCAGCUCCAGGCCAACUCCAUCACGUUCCAGCCCGUGCGGCCGGGCAACUACUCCUGCGUGACGUCCUGCAUGAACGAGCUGCGCAUCCAGCUCGCGGCCAUCUUUUUAUCGAAGGUCAUCAUCGCGAACGUCAAGGACAUCGCCGAGCGCGUCGUCCGCGAGGUGUCGCCCGCGGAGCGCGAGCUCGCGCUCGAGGAGUACCACGUCAUGAUGGGCACGUUCGGCGACUACCGCGACCUCAUCAUCAUCUACGGCUACACCGUGCUCUUCGUGGCGGCCUUCCCCCUCGCGCCGCUCAUGGCCCUCGUCAACUCCUACGCGCAGAUCCGCGCGGACGCGUGGAAGAUCUCCAUCCGGUCCCGGCGGCCGUGGCCGAGCAACGCCGAGGACAUCGGCUCCUGGGCCGACAUCAUCGAGCUCAUGUCCUACAUCGCCGUCUUCACCAACUCCAUCAUCAUCGUCUACACGGGCGAGUUCCUCGACUUCUACCCGAACUCGCACCGCCUCGUCGUCUUCAUCAUGCUCUACCACGCGCUCAUCGUCUUCAAGCUCAUCCUCGCCAUCGUCAUCGACGACAUCCCCGCGGACGUCCAGAUCCAGAUCGACCGCCAGAACUUCACGGAGGACAAGCUCAUCAAGCAGCAGAUCGACGACGUCAUCGAGGUCGACGAGGACGGGCCCGACAACGCCGACGACAACGCGCCCGACGUCACCAUCUUCGACAAGGACGACUCCGUCGUCUACCUCGACUACCCGGGCUACGAGAACUACGCCAAGGAGAAGAACCUCGAGAUGCGCGAGUUCAAGAAGUCCCAGUCCCUCGCCUCCACGGCCCUCAUGUGA